UCCAUCACAGAUGAUGAAGAGCUGUGUGGCAAAGCAACAGCAUGGGCGAGAGAGCAUGCCAACAUCAAGGGCCAACCCAACAUGACGGUGCCUGGUUUUUGCCAGCACAUUAACAAUGAAAUAUUGCCUUCUAGUUUUCUUUCCCCAGGAUUUCCUAGAAAAAUUUGUCUGGAAUAUGCUAGAAAGGGUUGACACUGGGAAGAAAGGGGUUUACAUUGAUGGGCAUGAGAGACCAGAUGUGGUUCAAGAACGAGAGUUGUUUUUGCAGAAAAUCCAAGAUUAUGAGACUUCCCAUCUUCCCCCACCUUGUCCUUCUGAUUGCUUGCAUGUUGACUGUCCAUCUACUAGAGAUCACACUUUGAAACAGUUAGUCAUCAUAUGCCACGACAAAUCAGCAUUUCAAUCUAAUGAAGAUCAGACUUUCUCCUGGUUACAACAUGAUCAAAUUGUAAUUAAGCCUAAAUCAAGGAGGUCAGGCCGAAUGGUCAGUGAUUUUGUAGAUGAACAUUCUGGGUUUUUACGUCUUACAGAAGAAGAAUUUGAGAUUGCACGAGAGCAUUUUGAGGGCAUUACAAAAGAAGCUAGGGAGAUUAUUGAAUAUGGUGAAAAUAGAGAUGGUUUUUGGACUGGUGAGAAGUUUCUUAGCCAGGUCAAGAAAGCCCUUCUUAUUGCUGAGUUUAAGUAUCCUCGGGAGAAGUAUACGUUGCUGUGGUUGUUUGAUCAAUCGUCAAACCACAGAGCAAAAGCACAAGAUGCUCUUGUAGCUCAUAAAAUGAAUGUGAGACCGGGGGGUGAUCAACCUAGAAUUAGAGACACUAUUUAUCAGGGGAAGUUGCAGAAGAUGGUUUUUGAUGAUGGCACACCUAAAGGCGUACGAGUAGUUUUAGAAGAAAGAGGAAUCGAUACUAGUAGAAUGCUAAAGCAAGAUACGAUAGCAGAAUUAGGAUCACAUCAAGACUUUGCAUCAGAGUUGUCAACAGUAGAGCAUGCACAUUAUUCACGCAAGGGGUCACCACUGUCUUUUUUUUCCAAAGUUUCAUUGUGAACUCAAUCCUAUUGCGAGGGUAUGGGGGCAGGCAAAGCGGUACACCAGAGCCUACUGCAAUUAUUCGAUUGUCGGCUUAAGAAAAGCAAUGGUCCCUGCUCUAGAUUCAGUAGAUGUUGAUCUAAUUAGAAAAUAUUUUAGAAAGGCAAGAAGAUACAUGCGUGCUUAUAGAGAAGGAAAAACAGCAGGACAAGAAAUUGAGGAGGCUGUUAAGAAGUACAAAUCUCACAGAAGAGUGCAGAGGAAAAAAUAGAUGAUAUUUGUUAUGUGUAAUAGACAUUGGGUUGUGGGUUAGGUUCUUAUAAUAACUGUGUUUGUUAUGUGUGGCAUGCAUUCCAUAGUAUUAAAGUUGUACAUGUAGCAUAGUUUGUUGAAGAGUUGAAAUUCAAAUAUCUGGGCGAACAGAAUUGUGUGAAAUGUAUUAGUGUGCUUUGCUUGAUGUGAUAGAAGUAAUUAGUUGCUGUUUCAUAUAUAUCAUUUCUCUUGUAAUGUGACCCAAAAUGGGCCUCUAGGGCAAUGACACGAGAAAAGAAAAGUGUAAAUCGAAAAUCGCUUUUUACAGAUGUCUUUAGUGCAUUGUCACGUACAUGGUUGUGCAAAAUGGACUCUCAUGAUCGCAGAAAUAGCAAAGAAAUUUCCAAAACUAUGAAAUCCAGUUA